UUGGUAACAGCUCAGCAUGUACCAGGCAAAUUGAACACAGUGGCAGACUCUGAAUCGAGGGUGUUCAACGACAGCAGAGAGUGGAAAAUUGACCUGUUUGCUUCUUAACCUCCCGGCUCCCCAAAUACGUGAGCUGGCGCCUGGACCCAGAGGUAUUACUCGCGGACGCCCUGACAAUAAACUGGACAACCUUCAUGGGUUACGCCUUUUCACCCUUCCACUUUAUCCUGGCUGUACCGAGCAAAGUGUCUUGCGACUAGGCAGACAUCAUAUUUGUUGCGCCUCUCUGGAAAGCACAGCCUUGGUGCCACCUCUCCUGGGUCUUCUGGUCGAUCAUCCAGUCCUUCUUCCCAGCACGAGACACCUUCUAACAGACCCCGGGAGCCCCCAAAAUAUACAUCCAAUGUUUCACCUAUUACACUUAGCCGUGUUUCACAUUUCCGGGGACAGUACCAGGCAAUGGGACUUUCUAACGACGUUAUUGUCACUGUAGCGAGACUUUAA